AUGGGCUUCAACGUCGAGCCGUUAAAAGUUCAACCGGGUACAAAGGUUAAGCAUCUGAAACAGGUCGUCUGGCAUCAUAAGCUCGUCAUCAUCAAAGGGCAGCAAUUUCUCCGGCCCUUUAAGCAAUGGGAAUUAGUAACCAGGCUGGAUCCUGAAGCGGGACCGCAGAACCCUGACAUUUUCAUGAAAGACUUCCACCCUGAUGGGGAAGGUGUCCUUAAAGAAAGAGGGGUGACGGGCGUCCCAGGUGUCGAGAACGUCCACGUUGUCGGCAAGGGCUAUCAGGGUAAAGACCAUUACGGUUUGAAGAACCUGAAUCUCGACAAGUCCUUUUCGUAUGAGAAUCAUGAUCCAACCCUGCCUCCUGAUGAGCUUGAGAACGGACAUACCCGAUUCCAAGGUUGGCACUUCGAUGCACCGCUGUACAGCAGGGAUCCUCCACUAUUCACCGCGUUUCGUGUCUUUCGGCUACCUCAAGGACCAGAUAUCACGAUCCAUUGGGACGACGGGUCCGGGUUUAGCAUGAAGUCGGCUCCGGGGAUGACACCAUUCUUCUGUUGCUCACAGCUCUACGAGGAACUCAUGACGGAUGAAGAAAAGCAGAUAGCCGACAAUAGUUGGGUAGAGUAUGCCGCAUUUCCGUAUGAGUGGAACCACAACUGCAAGUUUCUGCCGAAUGGGCUCGGAAUCAUCAGCCAGGGCAAGGAGCUUUCAGAAGAUGCGCUGAUGGAGAUGAAGCCCGACGAGGCCAAGAUCAGAAGAUACCCGAUGGUGUGGGUCAAUCCUGCUACAGGAAGGAAGUGUUUCCAGGUGCAGUCCAACGCAGCUAAGAGACUUUUUAUCCGGAGGAGCUCCCACGAGGCACCGAAAGUAGUAGACGACGUUGCUGAAGUUCGGCGAUUUCUACUCGAUAUUCAAUUGCGUAUCCUGAGGCCUGAGUACAUUCUAAUCCCGCAAGAGGAAGAGGGAGACUUGCUACUAUGGGACAACUGGACCACCAUGCAUACCCGCGUGGACUAUCCUGCUCGGUACGGGCCUAAAACGUGUCAUCAAGCGGGUACGAAUUCCAGUAGAGGGCCUAUGGGCCCUGUUGCCACUCCUGCCUUUUGA